AUGCCACAUAAUUUUGAAGCAUCAGUGGCUUCAAGAUAUGAUAGAUCAUUAGCAGAAAAUAUAGGAUACACUCAAUCAAAAGCUAACAAAUUAGAAAAUCGAAAUGGAACUCCUGCAACUGCGGGGAACGAACAAAGAGGAACCCACCCCACCGGGUUAAAAGUUAACACUGAAACCAUCAAACCAACGAAACUAGCAUUAAAGAGUAGCACUGCGCAUACUGGAAUGAGCGUUAAAAAUGAAAAGGCCAGAUCAAUCGAAUACACAUUAAAGGGGACUCCUCAUACCGAUCUAAACAUUAAUAAAAAAAAGGAAGAAAUGCAAGAUAAUCACUUAACUAGAACACCUCCUGGUGGAUUAAAAGAUAAAAUGAAGGAUCAGUCAGUGACCCAUUCAUUGAAAAAUUCCCCCCCUACCGAGUUACAAGUUAAUAAAAAGGAUGAGUUAGCUAACGGUUCAUUGAAGGAUACCCCUCAAAACAAACCGCACGUUAGUAAAAAGGAUAAAUCGGCAAAUAAUUCACUAGGAAACACCAAACAAAGUGCGUCCAAGGUUAAUAAAAAAUCUGAUGUAACACGAGACAAGCCACCAGUUGGAACUGCCCCUCAUGAAUUAAAAAUUAACAAAAGAUCGAAAAGGUCAACAGAAAAAGAGAACACAAUAAAAAAUGGAUUAACCGAGUAUACAUUAAAGGGAGAUCAUAUGGAAGGACUAAAAGUUAAUAAUAAAUCGAUCAGAUCAAGCGUUCAGUCUCUGAUAGGGGCUUCCCCCACUGGCUUAAAGGUUAGUAACGAAGAAGUCCAAUCAGUAGACGGUCCUGCAGAGUUGGCCCCUCCUAGCAAAUUAAACGUUAAUGAAAAAGAAAAGACGGUGCCCAAUUCUCUCAAAAUGAAAAUUCCUGGUGCGCUAACAUUCAAUAAAAAAGGGGAACAUGCAACUAACUCACCAAAGGAACCCCCCGCGGACGCAUUAGAAGCCAGCAACAAAGACGAACCAGCAAAUCAUUCUUCAGAAAAAGCGAAAACAUUCGAAUCGGAGGAUAAUGCAAAAAACAAUGAUUUACCCGUACAAAAACUCAGCGAAUUACUUCCUAACCAAAAAGACAACAAAACUCCAGGACAUACAUCAAUGCAAGUAGCACGGGACCAAUUAAAUGGGGAAAAAAAAAUAGACAAACCAAACAAUGAUCCAUUUAAAAAUGCUCCCCCUAGUGGAUUAAUGGGGAGUAAAAGAACGUACCAAUUAAGAGAUCUUAAAUGGAAAAAUAAACCAUCCAAUGGACUGGUAGGAAACCAAACAGACACAAAAUCGCAAACUUGUCCUUUAAAAAAUAUUUCCAAAAGUGAUUCAUCGGAUAAUCAGAAAGAGUCACUAAAAGAUGUGUUAAAAAAUAUACCUGCUCGUAAACAAAACGGGAAUGAAAAAGAUCCCAUAAAGGAAUUUAUGUCAAUGCAAAAAAAUAAACUCGAAGUUGAUGUAAAUGUACGUGAAUUGGAACGAGAUAAUCAAAAGUGUGUAGAGAAAGUUUACGAAAUUAAAAGGGACAAACGUUUUAAAGACAAUCAAAGCGCAGUUAUACGUGCAUUAAACGAUCAAAUAUUUCUUCAACUCCAAGAAUCUGAAAAAUCUGAAAAAUCUGACAAACCAUACUACCCCUUCGAUAGGAAAAUUCCCGACUUAAAAGAAUAUAACGAAAGUAACAUAUCAAAAGAUUAUCAACUAAAAAACAAACAACCUGAUAUAAAAGAGUAUAAGGAAAGUAACAUAUCGAAAGACUACCAACUGCAGAACAAAUCACAUAACUUAAAUGCAUAUAAUGAAGGUCACCUCGCAAAGGAAAAUCAAUUAACACAUAGUGCGCCUGCAGGAUUAAAAGAAUUUGAAACGCCGGACGAAACAAGGGAUUAUGGAUUAAAGGGGUAUACAGAUUCGGAAUUAAAGGAAUCAGAAUUAAAAGAAUCAGAAUUAAAGGAAUCAGAAUUAAAGGAAUCAGAAUUAAUGGAAUCAGAAUUAAAGGAAUCAAUAAUAAAAGAACCCCAAAUUGAUGAUCAAUCAAGUAAUCAAACAACGGAGGAAAAUAUAAAUGCCCUGCCAGACGAAACUGUAAGUAUCGUAGCAAAGGAAAAUAAUGCUAAUACGCAAGGUAACGUUUUUGGAAUGUUAAGAAAUAUUCCCUCCGAUAUAGACCAAAUCGAAAGAAUUGUACACACUGUGUUCCGUGGCCUCAAGGAAAAUAACGCAGGGGAUAUAGAAGAAUAUAUCGAAACACAUGAAACAAAACGUUAUAAAUUAGAAGCAGAUGUAAAAGACGGAAUAAAGGAAUAUGAUCUAAAAUUUGAAAAAGCGGGCUACGGAUAUAGAGAAAAGCUCCCAGUUACGGAAGUGCAAGAGUACGAUGUGGUCGAAAGAAUAUAUGAUAAACCAAUAAGAGUUGAAAAAGAAAAAAUUAAGCCUAUAGAACAUUACACAUACACUUAUGGUGAAUCACAACCUAAACCGCCACCAAAAAAUUAUGGAUUAUUAGAUUUUUUCUCUUUUACUUGGCAUCUUCUUUCGGAUCGUAAUGUAUACUUGGUAGAAAAAGAUAAUUUGUCCUUAUACAAAUUGGGGAAAAAAGCUAUGAAAGGUCAGUUAACCGACGAAUUGAUCCAUGAGUAUCUUGCUAAUUGUACGAAACAAAAACUGAAGGAAGAAAAGGUGAAAAACAAGCACAAAUUAAAAAUUAAAGAAGAGAAAGGAAAAGAAAAAGGAGAAAAAAAAGAGGCAGAAGAAAAAGGAGGCGUAUUUAAAAAUGAAGAGGAAAAAAGAAAAAUUGGCGCGAAAGGAGAUGGCGGAGGCGGGAGAAACACUGAGGGGAAAAAGACUGAGAAGAAAGAAGCUGAGGCAAAAAAUCCUAAAGUAAACAAAACUGAGGUGAAGAAAACUGCGGUAAAGGAAAACAAUGAGGGAAAAAAGAAACCUGAAGAGAGAACGAGCAAAACGAGUCAGCUGAAAAAAAAAUAG